GCCGCGGCUGGAAGGUGGAGGCGGAGAAGCGGCGCUGAGCAGCAGCACAGUGCGGGCUGUGUGUGUCGGGGAAGUAAAACCUGCGUUGCCGUGUGGACGCGUUGCUGUGCGCUGUGUUUUUAUUCUUCAAGCUGCCUUCAGAAAGCAGUCACAGAGCAGCUGGAAGCCCUGGUGCCCCAGAUGGAAUGCAAUUCUCUGACUGAACAGCAAAAUACCUCCUGUAUCUUGGUGGAAAAUGUUCAUGGUUUUAGCUUGGCCCAGAAGCCGUUUGGAGCAACGUAUGUGUGGAGCAGCAUUAUCAACGCGCUUCAAACUCAAGUGGAAGUGAAAAAGCGUCGUCAGAACCUGAAGUGCUACCAUGACUGUUUUAUUGGCUCAGAUGCAGUGGAUGUUGUGUUUGCUCAUCUUCUACAGAACAAGUAUUUUGGGGAUGUUGAUAUUUCCCGCUCUAAAAUAGUGCGAGUGUGUCAAGCGCUGAUGGACUACAAAGUGUUCGAGGCUGUUUCAAGGAGAGUCUUUGGAAAAGACAAACGCUCGGUGUUUGAGGACAGUAGCAGCAGCCUCUACAGGUUCACAAAUGCCUCAAGCCAAGCGGAUCUUGAUAAAGAUUACCAGCAGUGUACGCCACAAAGGCAUCAGAAGAACAUGCUGUUUAACAGUACUCCUGUCAAAGCAGAAAGCUUGGAGGAUCUCUGGGAAAACCUGAGUUUAAAGCCUGCAAAUACCCCUCAAGUAAACAUCUCGGAAAGCUUGUCACGUCAAGUUAUUAAUGAGGUCUGGCGAGAGCAAACAAUUGCCCGUCUGCUGCAGCUUGUAGACCUUCCACUCGUUGACUGCUUACUUGAGCACCAGGCAGCCAAGCCUCAGCUUCCACAACCAAAGGACUCUGGGUAUGUCAUCACAAGCACCUACUUGGACAGAGAGAUUCUCAAGGCUUUCAGUGACUCACAAGCAGACGAAUGGCUCUCAUCAGCAAUAGAUUGCUUGGAAUAUCUUCCCGAUCAUAUGGUGGUGGAGAUUAGCAGGAACUUGCCUGAUCAAGUGGAUAAAGCUGACACAUGGAAACUACUGCUGUUUGAAAAUAUUGGUAGAUACUAUGGCCAGAAAAAGGAGCCGCUGUUGAGCCACGCACCUGAAAUUCAUUCAGGAAUUGCAGAGCUACUAGUGAACGGGAAGAUGGAACAAUCACUAGAAGCUAUUCAGCUCUAUUUAAAACUCCUAGACAGCCAAAUCAGGGAGGAGUUCAGAAGAUUACUGUAUUUCAUGGCUGUUGCUGCCCAUAAUUCUGAGCUCAAACUCCAGAAGGAGAAACAAGUGAAAAUGUCUCAGGAUCCCCACAAGCCGCAUUCAAGCGAAGAAGAUUUGAGUGCUUUGGAGGAUGAUCAAGAGAGCUGGGACAACUCAGAGCAGUCUGUCAGGAAGAGAAUACGACAGAGUGUUCCAGGUUCACAUAGAGAUGACACACCAAAGUCUAGCCCUCCUCGGCCUGUGUCAGUGGAAGAGUUAAUGGAAACAGCUAAGGGAGUAACCAACAUGGCACUAGCACACGAAAUUGUUGUGAAUGGAGACUUCCAGAUCAAACCAGCUGAGUUACCUGAACACAGCUUGGAAAAAAAAGUACGAGAGAUUGUGCACAAAGCUUUCUGGGAUUGUCUGGAAGCUCAGCUGAAGGAAGAUCCACCGACAUAUGACCACGCAAUUAAACUACUGGGAGAAAUUAAAGAGAAUCUUCUGUCUUUUUUAUUGCCUGCUCAUACAAGAUUAAGAAACCAGAUUAUGGAAGUUCUUGAUCUGGAUUUGAUAAAACAGGAGGCUGAAAAUGGGGCUCUGGACAUUGCUAAGUUGGUAGAAUUUGUUAUUGGAAUGAUGGGGACCCUUUGUGCUCCGGCUCGAGAUGAAGAAAUCAAGAAACUCAAAGAUAUACAUGAAAUAGUUCCUCUCUUCAGAGCCAUUUUCUCUGUAUUAGACCUAAUGAAAAUGGAUAUGGCAAACUUCGCUGUCAGUAGUAUUAGGCCAAAAUUAAUGCAGCAGUCUGCUGAAUAUGAAAGAAAGAAGUUUCAGGAGUUUCUUGAGAAACAGCCAAAUGCCUUAGACCUUGUCACAGACUGGUUGCAAGAAGCAGCAGAUGAUCUCGCAAAGCUGAGAUAUAAAAAGUUACCUCCCCCCAGCAGUGCUGUUGGUGCUGCUGGAGGAGCUCCUGCAUUGUGCUCCGUGGCUGUGCAGAAUCACGCAUAUCUGAAGCUGCUGAAGUGGGAUCACACAAACAGGCCUUUCCCAGAAACAGUGCUCAUGGACCAGAGCCGCUUUCAGGAAAUACAGCUGGAACUGGAGCAGCUGCUCGUGGCUGGGACUGUCCUUUUGGUCACGUUCAACGCAGCAGGCGCAGCUCUCAUCGAUGUGCCUGGAUUUGCUGAGCAAAUCAAAACCAUUGUCAAGGUGCUGCUGACAGGAAUGCAUCUUCCCUCCUUUAACCUGAAGGAGUCUUUGGCUACCAUUGGUGAGAAGGUGUGUGCCGAAGUGAACAGCUGCCUUUCCCAGCAUGGCUUCGCACCGUUCACAGCUGAGAGAGAGACUGUGCUGAAAGGACAGAUCCAAGCAGUGGCCAACCCUGAUAACACCAUCUGUAAACUCAUAGAUUCUCGAAUUCAGAAGUUUCUGGAGAAUUCUCUUGCAUCCAGUCACCAGAAAGCAGCACCCACUGUUCCUGGAGGAUUAGGCCCUAUUCAGAGAGAGCUGGAAGAGAUCGCUGUCAAGUACGUUCGUCUUGUCAACUACAACAAGAUGGUCUUCAGUCCCUACUACGAUGCUGUUCUUGACAAAAUACUGACUAAGGAAGAACCCCAAGAUGAAGGGAAGCCAGAAGAAUUGUGAACACAAUUUGUGUGUACCAGUGCAGUAUUAAUUUUGUCAGCUGUUUUGAAAAAUUGCACCGAUAUUUGUCUAGGAAAACAGCUCUCCAUGUAAACACUAUUUCCUUUUAAAUCACUAGUGCUGAUCGAUGAGGAAAACGCAUGAAUUGCAAUAGGGGUUCUGAGAUAAAUGGUGAAAAAGAGAUACAUUUUCAAUGUAAGUAUGCAACUUUGGUGAGGGAGUGUUGUGAUAGUUCUCUCUGGCUGCAAUUUUUAGAUUCCCAGGCAGGUGCGACAUAGGAAAAGUUGAACAACCAAACUUUGUUUUUAAGCUCAUUUUAGGGCUUUUCAUUCUCAUUUCUCACAAGUUCAGUUCUGUUCAUCCACACACAGCAGGUUAGCAGUGGUCUUUCCCUGCAGGGGCAAUGUGGCUUUAAAAAGUUCUUACUUUAAAGACUUAAGUGAGCUAAGACUCCAUGUAAGAGAAACUUUAACAGGCAAAAAACGAAGCCAAACAGCACUUUACUGUAACAUUAUGGUUAGUGUGGUAGGUUACUAGGUUUUUUCUUUCAACAUUUUUCUGCAUUUUUAAUAGCAUUUUUUUGCUGUUUACCUGCAGAUGUUACAAAAAACACAAUCUAUUUUUGUAGCAGAUUUUCUGGUUAUUGGGUAACUGUCCUCUGCUUUGUACAGUACUUAACAAGGUGGCAAUCUUAUAGAUUGCAGCUGUAUUUAUCUCCUGUAAAGACUUCAGAAAGGCAGAGCUGAAAUGUUUUGAUAAAAGUGGCGUUUCUUACCUUUUUUUUUUGCUAGUAGUUUACUCCUUUUUGUGUGAAAUAGUAAUUUUGAAAUAAAUCCGUGUCAUUUACAGAAGGAUUUUAAGUGUGUUAAACUUUAGGCCAAAACUUCUACUUGAUUUUUUUUAAACAACUAUAACUUGAGAUAGCUGCGUUUUUCAAUCGUCUUCAAAGAUAUCCAGGAAGUGCAGAGCACUAUCAGAAGUGUAAGUGAAUUUAAGGCAUGGUGGGAGGUGCAUUAUUGAGUAAUAGUUUGAAUACACAAGGAAUAUUUUCAAUAGAAGGUUUUUCUUUUUUACAUUACACAGGUGAUCUUAAAACCUUAAAUGUUUAAGGUGUUGAAUUUCAUUAGUUACGUGUUGUGUAGAUGAGUGUUCGCAGAAGAGCUCAGUGGUCUUACAGCCUUAUUGCAGUUUUAAGCUCAGCUAGGAGGUAAGUGCAGUUCAAGUUUUCCUGUAGUUCCCAAGGGCAGUGCUGCGUUACAGUAACCAAAACAGAAUGAGGCUGUGAAAACCAAGUUCAUCAUUAUAAACACUAAGUGUCCCAAACGCUACACUGUAUCCAAAGCAAAAUAUUGUCUUCUCUAAAAAAAAAACCACCAAAACCGGUUAUGUAAAAUGAAUAAAUGGCCCUUUUAUUGCUGACAUCCAGGUUCAUUUUAUUAAUCAAUUAGUCAACCAACAGCCCAUCUAGAAGAAAGCGCUUGAUUAUCAGUGUUGAUGCUUUUAAAUGUCAGCAGGGACACACCUGCUUUGAGUUUGGAGGCAAGUGGGUUAAACAUGAGCUUUCGUUCUGUAUUACCCUGUGCAACUAUCAUCUGAUUGCUUUUUUUCUCAUUCAUUACAAGCCUGCUUUUCCCAAAGGAAAAAAAUGAACAGAACUCCAUAGUAAGAGUUCACAGCUCAGACAGGUGAAUACUUUUCCCUUAGCUGAGUUUACUCAGAUAGCAGCAUGGAUGGCUGUCUUUGCAUGUGUCCCUGGUAACUUAAAAAGGAGUAGGUUGGUAGCCAGCAAAAAGCAGAGUGGGUUUUUGAUAUGGUCAAAGGAUACUACAGAGGUCUUCAAGGUUUCUGCAUCUACGUACAGUACUCUGUUAUUAGUGGAGAAUCCAUCUUGAAAUACAGCUCCGCAGCUCCAAAAAAUUAACCCAGUAGUCUGGGUAAGAAAGGGGCUACCCAAAACAUUAUGUCUGCAGUUUAAAAAAACAAUAUGAAACAGAAAAACCUGCUUUCCUUUUUGUAACUGAGAGUUGCUGAAGUUUAGAAAUUGCUGCUGCUAUUUUACAUUUUACUAUUCCCUAGAGGCUGCUUUUAAAGGCUUCCAACCUAAGCAUAGGAGAAGCUGUUGGUGUUGUUAGGUCUCAGGGAUGGGGGGAGGAACAGAGUAUGAAAAGUAUGGUAGAAUGAGUGGGACUGAGUUAUGGACAGAUAAAAUGGUACUUACUUGAGUGCUCCCAGUCCAUGACUGCCAACUCCAGCUUGCUGUGGCAUGAGGUGGUUACCUCGUGUGGCCUUUGGAGGUUACACACUGGAAACCUGGAGUACCUCAGUUUCUAUAAGCUUUUGUAGGCCUGGCAACAGGAAAAGAUCUAAAAAAUCACACUAGUGAUUUUUCCCUGGUCAUUUUUAAAUGGCUGUUGCUGACAAAUAGUUUCUCUGCACUGUCUUUACAAUCAGAAGGCAGGUGUAAUUAAGUGACAAAGCAAAAGAGAAAUGCUAGGAUUGAUAAGGCUGCCAUACCUUAGCUCUGUGUCAGUAUUUAUAUGGGUACACACAUGUUGUUCCAUCUUUUUAGUCUGGUAGAUAGGAGCAACGACCUACAGUUAUCUCUACUGCUGGUGCUGGGAAUGUCCUUCAGCUUGUCUGAAUACCUUAAUUCCCUGUUCAUCAUAGGCCUUCUUACCGUCUCAGGAGAGCACAGUCCUGAAUAGUCAAUGACAAGUUAAAAUGUCAAGUACAUAUAUAAACUAGCAGCUUCAAAAGUUCAUAUGGCUUUUUUGUUUUCGUUAGCUUCUUUGAAAAUAACCAGUUAACCUCAGUAGCUAAUAUAUUAACAUUUAGCUUUGUACAUUAGUAAGUGGAAGACUGACGCAGGUGUCCAGGAACAGACUGCAGGAGCCAGUAUUCAUGGCCAGCCAACAUUACAGACCUGUAACGAGACUGUCUUACACGGGUGUCUUCUUUAAACAGUCAUGGAAUUCAAAGUAAAGGUAAUACUGUUUCCUCUAGAAAAACUGAAAGCUAAUUCCUGUAUGUACGCUCUGAUCAAUUUCCUGUGAUGGUUCUAAUUCUUGGUAACGUUGCUUUCAGAGUUGCUGAGUAAUAGUUAAAAAGUACUUUGUUGUGUUUGAAUAAAAGUAGAAUGAGGCACGA